AUGACGUCGCUUCUCGGUAACCUCGUCGACUAUGUCGACUUUAGCAAGACGAGCUUGCUUGAGUACCACAACAAACUCCUAACGAACCUGUUUGGCGGCAACUCCAAGGCGGCCAACUAUGGUCUUGCUGCUGCCAUCUUCUCCCUUGGCCUCGUUCGCGACUGGUUGUUUAAGACUGCUAUUUCGGAGCAGCCAUCACACCCUUUGCUUGACAGUAUCUACACGCAAGCUGCCGCCUUCACAUUGUUCGCUGCCGGUAACACCCUCGUCAUUACCUCAACAUACCGGUUGGGAAUAAGGGGCACUUUCCUUGGCGACUACUUUGGCGUUUUGCUGGAAGAAAUGGUGACUGGGUUUCCUUUCAACGUGUCCAGUGCUCCCAUGUAUGUGGGCUCGACCUUGAGCUUCCUUGGAACUUCACUGUACUAUGGCAAGCCUGCUGGUCUUUUGUUGACGCUGUGGGUCUACCUCGUGUAUGUCGUUGCUCUGCGGUUCGAGGACCCUUUCACGGCAGGCAUCUAUGCCAAGCGGGAUCGCGAGAGAGCCGCUGCCAAGUCUGGCAAGAAGCAAAAGUAA